AAACACUUGUAUUUUAAGCACGUUUUCAAUAUAAGUUAUUUAUCUCGAUUAUGAUAUCAAAAGAUCGUUCUUCGGUUAUUAGUUAAUGCAAAUAUCUAAAAACAAAGUAGAUUAAGAAAAUAUGGAUAAACCAUUGGGCAAAAUUAACUUCUGUUCGAUUAAAAUAGUCUACCGCUUGUAGGGUUGAUGAAUAAAAUGCUGUUAAAUACGGUAAUGAUCAACGAAAGUAAGAGAAGCGCCCAAUGAACAAAUAGCAAGAAAAAGGGAGGGACAAGGUAUUUCGUGAUAGGUGCGAAAGAGGAGGAAAUAAGAAUACAGACCAUAACAAUUAGAGAAGAGAGAGAGAGAGCAAAACGGAACAGGCAUAUGAAUAGUAAAUCAGAGAGAGAGAGAGGCAGGUGUAUAAAUAGCACUUAAAGGAAAGAAAGAAGAGAACAGAGGAAAAGAAAAGUUUAGAAGCAAUUAAAGAGGUGGGGAAAAGAGAGAUAAAUAAUUAGAUGGAAGCAGAAUAUUUGCAGUGUUUGUAGAGAGGCAGAGAAACAAAAGAAGGAAGUCGAAGUAACAGUAAAACUUCAUAAAAUACUGUUUACAGUUCCGUCACACCGGGUUUUUAACCAUCGCAGCUAAGGUGAGGUCUCAGUCACUUAAGAGUACCCAGGGGUCAAAACAGAAUGUCGACGGACAUAAAGAAGAAUUCAGUUAUACUCUUCAAAUCUCCGGCAGAAGGUGAAAACGACAUAUUUCUGGCGGAAUUACAGAAAUCUCAACUGUCUGUCUACGUUGUACCUGUGCUGUCGUUUCGGUCUUUGCACACAGAUGUCUUGGCACAAAAACUCAGUGGAGAUGCUAAUAACAAAUACAGUGGCAUCAUUUUCACUAGUACUCGUAGUGUGAUGGUACUGGAGUCUGCCAUUCAGCAACUAACAGCAUCCAGUAAGAAGACAACCUGCAAGGACCUGAAAUGUUUUGUAGUCGGCAAGAGUACGGCGACCUCAGCUGCCAAUUUAGGCUUCAAACCUACAGGUGAAAAUAGUGGCCAUGGUAAAAAGUUAGCUGAAUUCAUUUUGAAAGAAGUAGAAAAGAAGUCUGAUUGUAAACCUAUUCUGUUCCCCUGUAGCAAGAUACGAAAUGACGACCUUCCAACUCACCUCAAACAAAAUGGAAUCCCAGUUGAAGAAUUAACAGUUUAUGAAACAGUGCCCAACCCUCAGCUUCACACAUGUAUCGAUGGAGUAUGCAAAGCACUGAAAGGUCAACCAGAAUAUCUUGUGUUCUUUAGUCCUUCCGGAGUUGACUCUGCACUACCCUUUAUAACUCCAGUCUGGGAUAUGUCUCAAUCAAAGGUUUGUAACAUUCAUUUCUCUCUCUCUCUCUCUCUUAAACAGUUAUUUCCAUGGCCCUUGUCACCCAUUCCCCCUUUGUUUAACAUACAUGACACCCUUCUGUUAGUGGCAGUGACUCCUCCUCAUGUGUCAAGUAUGAUGCUUCACGUAGCAGUAUGCCAGUACAGCUGUAUUGUAUCAUGCCUUAGGGUAUGAGGAUAACUCCCCCCCUUGUAUGUCAGAAGCCCUGCAAACGGUCACAGCCAUUACUCAGCCUCUUCAAAGCAAAAUCACAUAAAAACCCAUUUUUCUUCUGU